GUGAGCGUGGUAUUACAGAUCCCAUCAUUUCCGCUAAACCAUAAGACACGUUCUUGGACCAGCAGGCCACAGACCAGAUACUGGUUCCCAUGCCAAUCGGAAGAUUAUUAUCAAUCCCGAAGCUCAGUCUUCCAUUACACUCGCGUAUAUUUGAUCCCCGCAUUGACCAUUGCUCUUCUCAACACGAAUUAGUGACCUAAAUGACGCGGCUAUAACUUUCCGAGUGUGACGAUUUUUUCGAAACACCAUACAACCGCAUGUACUGACGUUACAGGGGUCAACCGGGAAGUCGAAAAAUCAACGCAUAAAAGGAGGCAACUUUUGAAAAGCAAAUCGCACCUCAGGCCUCAACUUUGAACUCAUCCGUUCCUCAGCUAUACUAUCAUACUUCAUACACCUCCCAAGCAAACUGCUUUGCAUCAUGAAAUUCUCAUCCGUCCUCUUCUCCAUGUCCGUCUUUGUCCUUUCCUCUUUGGCGCAAACGACAGAAACCCUUUCAUACGACCCCACGUACGAUGACGCCUCCCUCUCCCUUUCCAGUGUCGCUUGUUCAGAUGGCACUUAUGGGCUUGAGACAAAGGGAUACACGACCCUAGGAUCACUUCGCGCAUUCCCUAAUGUCGGCGGUGUCUACACCGUGACGGGCUAUGAUUCCGCUGCAUGCGGGACCUGCUAUAAUGUCACUUACGGAAAUAAUACCGUUGCUAUCCUUGCGGUUGACGUAUCCAAAGCCGGCUUCACAAUCUCAGAGACGGCGAUGAACACCUUGACUAACAAUUUGGCCGUUGAGCUGGGAAGAGUGGAUGUUACGGCAACCCAAGUGGAUGUGUCAGUAUGCGGCUUGUAGUUGCAUUGUGUCGGAGUAUGUCGGCAGUUUCCUCUGCGUCUGAGUGCCUACUAGACAACGUUAGGACUUGGGACUUAUAGUUUCGAUGGACUUG